AUGCGUUUCCACUUUCCAGGCUACAAUUGGUUGAUUCACAGUUUCACUCUGCUGGGCGAGUUUCUAGUGCAUAGAUCUGCAGACGGAGAAGACGAUGAGUGGUACUUGGCCGCUACGCUCCUCACCAUUCUCACCAGUUCUCAGGGAAUAUUAACAACACUUUCACAAAGUAAUGGAGGGUAUGAGUAUGAUUAUGCUACUGACCCAUUUCUUGCUGAGGUUUUUAAGGUUAAGAGUUGUGGAUGGCCUUCAUGCGAUUCCCUUUUCUCUGCACCAAUUCAAAGGGUUGGUGCAAUUUUCAAUAUGACACAACUUCUUCUGGAUGAUUUUAAGAGUGGAUUUGAAAAGGGACCCUGCUGGCAACGUAUUUUAAAUGGGUACACUAUCACUACUUGGAUGGUUGUGUUAAAUCUUGGGUCCACUGGUCUUUUAGUUUCAUGGUUAAUGAAAUAUGCUGAUAAUAUUGUAAAGGCAUGUCCAUUGCUCUCCUUUGAGUCCCUUUCUUAUAUCUCUGUGAAUGACCCAUGUACUUUGUUUUUGGCCAACAAUAAUCCAUGUACUCAAUGUAUAUCUUGCAUAUUUUUCCCCAAAAAUAAUGUUUUCCUCGAGAGCAAAAUAAGUAAUUGUAAUGUGAAAGCAUAAAUACAGUGUGUAGUGCCUUUUCUAUGU